AAAAAAAAAGCAACAUCUCUUCCCCUUCUCCGACUCCACCGCCGUCUUCUGUUCACUUCCUCUUCAAGAACCCAAAUUUCCACCCAAAAAAGUAACCCAUUUUUCUCACCCAUCCCCGCUCUAUAUAUACACCUCCUCAAAACCGAAUUUCCACUAGUUCUCACAGCCCAAUCGGAUCAAACGCUAGGGUUUCUAGGGUUUUUCUCCGACUAGGGUUUUGCACCCGAUCGCCGCCAUGGCGGACGACCUCGAGCGGGCGAUCCUUCUCGCUUACGACCCGGACGCUGCCGUCGAUCCCGCUGUCAAGUCUCAGGCAAUCGCCUUCUGUGACUGCGCUCGACGGGAGCCACCGUCUUCUCUCCUUUGCCUUUGCCUUGAGCGUCUUCCCCGGGUUCCGUUGCCCGAUCCGGUUCGUUUCUGGCUUCUCUCUGCUCUCCAUGAAGCUGUUCUUUCUCUCCCUCCUUCCGAGCUUCCUUUUUUUCUCUCCUCCCUUCCUGCUCUCGCGUCCUGUCUCUCCUCCUCUCCUCCGUUUAUCAAGAACAAGCUCUCCCAAUGCCUCUCCACGGUUAUCACUCUCCACUACCCCCACUCUUGGCCUUCGCCAUUCGUUGAUCUCCUUCCUCGGCUUGCUGAUGGGCCGCACGCCGUCGACAUGUUCCUCCGCCUCCUCUCUUCCCUUGACGACGAUCUCUUGUCUCAGGAUUAUCCCCGUGAUGCUGCUGCCACCGCGGCAGCGUCGCGCGUGAAAGAUGCUAUGCGCAUGCAGUGUGUCCCCCAGAUUGCGCGUGCGUGGUUUGAUGUUAUCACUCUUUACCGUGCCUCUGAGCCAUCGUUGUCGGCCUCUGCGCUUGAUGUUGCACGGAGGUAUAUCCCCUGGAUUGAUAUUGGAUUGGUUGCCAAUGAUGUGUUUUUGCAAUUGCUGUUUGAACUUGUGGAGAGCUCUGAGGAGCAGCUACGCUCAGCUGCUGCCGCGUGCUUGCUUGCUAUUGUUGCCAAGAGGAUGGACCCAAGGCCGAAGCUUGCUCUUCUUCGGAGCCUGCAAUUCAAUCGGCUGUUCUCCAGACAGGAUUCUGGGUGUUCUCUUGCGCAUUUGAUCACUGGGUAUGCUGUGGAGGCUUUGGAGUGCUAUAAAAGGCUGGGGUCGGACAAUGUGGAUGGCUCAUCCGCGUUGGAGCUCUUGGAUGAAGCCUUGCCGUCCGUUUUUUAUGUAAUGCAGACCUGUCAAGAGGUGGAUUCUGGAAAUAUAGUGGAGUUCUUGUCAAGUUAUGUCUCUGCUAUGAAGACACCAACACAGAAGCAACUGGUUUAUAUUGGGCAGGUGUUGGAGGUCGUGAAGGACCAGAUGCUCUAUGACCCUGCAUAUAGGAGUAACCUUGAUUUGCCAGAUAAGAUUGGUAAGGAGGAGGAGGAUGAGAUGGCAGAAUCGCGGAAGGACUUGUUCGCAUUGUUUCGAAGUGUUUCUCGUGUUGCCCCAGAUGUUACACAAUUAUUUAUGCAGAAUUUGCUUGCAAGAGCUGUUCAAUCAGCAGAAAUGAAUGUAGAGGAAGUAGAGGCUGCAUUAUCUUUGUUUUAUCGGUUUGGAGAGACUGUGAGUGAUGAGGCAAUGAGGACAGGUAGUGGGCUGUUGGGAGAGCUGGUGCCUAUGCUCUUGUCAGCAAGGUUCUCAUGCCAUUCUCAUCGGAUUGUGGCACUAGUGUAUCUGGACACAAUAACACGUUACAUGAAGUUUGUACAUGAGAAUACACAGUAUAUACCAUUUGCUUUGUCUGCCUUUUUGGAUGAGAGGGGGAUUCAUCACCCACAUCUUAGCGUGAGCCAGCGAGCAAGCUACUUAUUCAUGAGGGCUGUGAAGUUACUGAAAUCAAAGCUAGUGCCUUUUGUAGAGCAAAUUUUGCAGAGCCUGCAAGACACUGUAGCUCGGUUUACAACUUUGGAUUGGACAUCUAAACAGCUAAAGACCUCUGGUUCUGAAGAUGGUAGUCACACAUUUGAGGCGAUUGGGCUAUUGAUUGGCAUGGAAGAUAUAUCUCCAGAAAAGCAAUCUGAGUAUUUGGUGGCCCUGCUCACACCUCUUCUUCAACAGGUUGAUUCCCUGAUUGCUGAUUCAAAGUUACAAAAAAUAGAAGAAUCUUCCCCAAGGAUUGCUAGUGUCCAGCAAACUAUCAUGGCCAUAAAUGCUCUCAGCAAGGGUUUUAGUGAACGACUUGUGACAACUGGUCGGCCAGCAAUUGGUAAUAUGUUCAAACAGUCGGCCAUUAUUUCUCCCCAGACAUUGGGUGUUCUCCUGCAAAUUCUUGUUGUAUUUCCAAAUAAUGUGCCUCUGCGUAACAAGGUUACAUCAUUUCUUCAUCGCAUGGUUGACAUACUAGGAGCUUCUAUUUUGCCCUUCCUCCCUAUGGCAUUAAAGCAAUUACUUAUGGACAGUGAGCCUAAGGAAAUGGCUGAUUUUCUUGUACUUAUCAAUCAAUUGAUAAGCAAAUUCAAUAUCUCCAUUGCGGGCAUCUUAGGAGACAUAUUUCCUACUAUUGUGAGCAGAGUAUUUCAGCUUCUGCCAAGUGAUGCAUUUUCUUUUGAUCCUGGAUACAACACUGAGGAAGUUCGAGAACUGCAAGAGUUGCAGCGUGUAUUAUAUACAUUUCUUCAUGUGAUGGCUACGCAUGAUCUUUCCUCUGUUCUGUUAACUCCAACAUGCAGGGAGUAUUUGAAUUCCAUCAUAGAGCUACUUCUUAUUACCUCUUGCAAUCAUAAAGAUAUACUAGUAAGGAAGCAAUGCGUGCAGAUUUUUGUGAGACUUAUCAAAGACUGGUGCAAAAAAUACAGCGGUGAAGAUAAGUUACCUGGUUUCCGAAACUUUAUCAUUGAGACCUUCGCAACUCGCUGCUGUCUGAACAGUGUGCUUGAUAAGUCGUUUGAGUUCCGUGAUGCAAAUACUCUUCUUCUGUUUGUAGAAAUUGUAGGGGCUCAAAAAGUCAUGUAUGACAUGUUUGGGGAUGAGUUUGCUGUGCAUUUUGUAUCAAAAGGCCUUCCUGCUGCACAUUGCCCACAAGAUUUGGCUGAACAGUACUACCGGAAGUUGCAGCAGGAUAAUGAUACAAAGGCUUUGAGAUCGUUUUAUCAAUCACUUAUCGAGAAAUUGAGACAACAACAAAAUGGAAGCUUUGUUUUCAGAUAGCAUAUGGUUUUUAUUGGCCGCUUUACUUAGAUGUUUUCUUUUGUACAUAAUGAUCAUUCUACGCAUGGACAAAGAACAAAGGUGUAAAUUUCCCGAGAAAGGUUGACAAUUUCGACGAGGGACUGGUGUUGCUCAGUGAGUGUAAAUUUAUUAGGAAGAGUCAUGUAUAUCUCAUUCAAUUUUGCUCAGAAUUUAACUUCCUCGUCGCCUUUUGUUUCAAUUUUGUGCCCUGUUUUUGUUUUUCUUUUUUUUUUCCCGUCUUAUCUAGCCACGACAGUCCGACCGGCCACAACAUUAACGAGCAAGUAUCGAAAAUGUGGUGCUUUGAGCUUUCUAUUUUUUUUUUCCCUGUAGCUCAUACCCAGGAAACUUGGUCAAUAGUGAGCAACCCAUGUCUAGUGUUUGAAAUCAGUUUAAUUCUUUGAUUUUGAGAGUUUCUGGUUA